ACCACUGAAGUUAGUCAGGACACCGCACAAAGAGGACACUUAACCCCGAGCAGGACGAGUCCUUCCUCUGUUUUGCAGGAGCAGAAGUCAACAAGUGUUUAAUCGGACAACCGAAAUCUUCAUUUGCCUUUGUCAUCAGCAUUCAUCUGACCUCCUCUGCAGUUUGAGACCAUGGACACAGCUGCGGUGGUGACUCUUCUGGGUCUGGUUAUGGCGAUGGCUGGCGUCAGUCGAGCUCUUCAUAUCCAAGGCAGUCUGGACAAAAAUGACAUCCUGCCAGGCUCAGAGGAGAACAUGGCCGACCACUUGCUGGGGCUGGAGAGUGAAAACAUAGAUAACAGCAUUGAUGAUCGUUUGCUGACCGCAGUGCUGAGAGCUCUGCUGCUCGGAUCUCAGAGAGAAACCAGGAACUCUGUCCUCCAUCAGCCACAGAGGUUUGGUCGCGGCUCCAGAGGGCAGGUAGUGUCAGAGGAUCAGAUACAUUCCCGUGACUGGGAGGCUGCCCCCGGUCAGAUCUGGAGUAUGGCUGUACCCCAGAGAUUCGGCAAGAAGUAAUCCGGCAGGAAGAUCCACACACCACUGUCCUGGCACAGGGCCAAGCAGCGGCCAUCGGUGGAGAGACAGAAUUUGAAUGAAUAAAUCUGAAUUAUAAAAGCA